CAGAACAUUUUUGCCCUUCUUUAACAGUCGACGGUGUGGUGAGGGUAGAAUGAGAAUUGGGUAACGAGACCACAUGUUGUUGAACAAAUAACUUUAAAGAAGUUAAGAUAAAUACUCGUUUAAACUACGUUUCAUGGAACAUUCUGACUUGCAUCUCUCAGACGAGCCCAUGACGGGGAUGGUUGACACAAGUGCCCCUGACAAUGGGGACACUACUGGUGUGGAAGGUUCAGGAGAUGGCUUCACUACUGACCUUCCCAACCUGAUCAAUAAUGCUCAGUGGUCAAUGGACCAAGUUCCCGACACCUUUGUUGCUCUUGCAAACCAGCAGAACCCAGAACAAGACCAGGUGCAACAUGCUGCUACUACUAUGGAGCAGUGCCAUGUAUUCUCAGUAGAUGGGAAGGAGCAAUCUGCUGUUGGGGACAUGAAGCAAGAAUCUGGUCUUUUUGAUCAGAGUGGUGUGGAACAGCCUGGUAACGCUGCACAUGUUGAAACCCAGUCUGAAGCAAAUGGACAGACUGCAGAGGUUCUUCCCAGCGAGUCAGAGCUGAGCUCAGAAAAGCAGGCCGAGUCAGGAAAUUCAGGCAGUCCUGCAAACAUGGAACUUGAGGAUGCAUCAAAAGAGGAAAGUGAAGAUGGUGCGAGUGAUGCGUCACUGCACAAACCAUCUCUUCCCUCUGAUUUUGACAGGCUUUAUAAGGUAGUUGAAGAUAACCCUGAAGAUUUUAAUGGCUGGGUCUACCUCCUGCAGUAUGUGGAACAAGAGAACCACCUCUUGGCUUCAAGAAAGGCAUUUGAUGCCUUUUUCCUUCACUAUCCCUACUGCUAUGGGUACUGGAAGAAAUAUGCAGACAUUGAGAAAAAGCAUGGUUGUAUACAGGUAGCAGAUGAGGUAUAUCGUAGGGGUCUGCAGGCAAUUCCUUUAAGUGUUGACCUGUGGCUUCAUUAUAUAACCUUUCUAAGAGAGAACCAAGACACCAGUGAUGGGGAGGCUGAAAACCGCAUACGAGCUGUCUAUGAGCAUGCAGUUCUAGCAGCGGGUACUGACUUCCGUUCUGACCGUUUGUGGGAAGCUUAUAUUAACUGGGAGACGGAGCAAGAGAAGCUGGCCAAUGUUACAGCAAUUUAUGACCGCAUCCUUGGUAUUCCUACGCAGCUAUACUCCCAACACUUCCAAAGGUUCAAAGAACAUGUCCAGAACAAUAAUCCCAAGCACUUCCUGUCUGAAGAGGAGUUUGUUCAGCUGAGGUUGGAGUUAGCUGCUGCCAAUAAGCCAAGUGCAGAGGGAGAGGAAGAAGUCCCGAGUGAGGAGCUUCCACCAGGCAUGGAAGACCUUCCUGACCCUGCAAAGAGAGUCACAGAGAUUGAGAACAUGCGGCAUCGGGUGAUUGAGACGCGCCAAGAGAUAUUUAACCACAACGAGCAUGAAGUCAGCAAGCGCUGGGCCUUUGAAGAAGGGAUCAAGCGUCCAUACUUCCACGUAAAAGCCCUGGAGAAGACUCAGCUCAGCAACUGGAGGGAAUACCUGGACUUUGAGCUGGAGAAUGGGACUCCGGAGCGUGUCGUCGUUCUGUUUGAGCGCUGCCUGAUUGCCUGUGCCCUUUACGAGGAGUUCUGGAUAAAGUAUGCCAAGUAUUUGGAGAGCUACAGCACAGAGGGAGUGAGACACGUGUUCAAGAAGGCAUGCACCAUCCACCUGCCUAAGAAGCCAACCAUUCAUGUUCUCUGGGCAGCCUUUGAAGAGCAGCAAGGGAACAUAGAAGAUGCUCGGGGCAUCCUUAAAGGUCUGGAAGAAGCAGUCCCAGGCCUGGCCAUGGUGAGACUGCGGCGGGUGAGUCUGGAGCGUCGUCAUGGGAACUUGGAUGAAGCUGAGGCCCUGCUGCGGGACGCCAUCACGAAUGGGAAAAACGCAAGCGAAUCAUCGUUCUACUCGGUGAAACUAGCUCGACAGCUCCUGAAAGUGCAGCGGAGUAUCGGAAAGGCUAGGAAUGUACUCUUGGAGGCCAUUGAAAAAGAUGAGACCUGUCCUAAACUGUACUUGAACCUGUUGGAGCUGGAAUACAGUGGGGAUGUGCAGCAGAAUGAGGCUGAGAUUCUAGCCUGCUUUGACCGGGCACUCUCCAGUCCCAUGCUUCUGGAGUCCCGUGUCACUUUCUCUCAACGCAAAGUGGAGUUUCUUGAAGAUUUUGGCAGUGACAUUAAUGUGCUUGUAACUGCAUAUGAACAACACCAGAAACUUCUGAAAGAGCAAGAGACAACAAAGAGAAAAUCAGACAAUGGGUCUCAAGAGCCAGACUUGAAGAGACAGCGCAUGGAUGAUGGCUCUGCUGCAUCAGUCCAAAUGAUGCCUGACAUGCAGGCCAACCAUGGAGCAUACAACUAUAACAACUGGUAUCAGCAAUACAACUCCUGGGGAAGUCAAAACUCUUGGGGUCAGUAUGGUCAGUAUGGUCAGUAUAACCAGUACUACCCUCCACCCCCUACCUGAUGUCCUACAGUACGACUGAGCUCCGCAAAGAUGUCCUUUUUACCUGUUCUUAUUGCUUCUCUUUGAUGUUCUCAUUUAUUCCAGAUUACUUUUUGAGCAUGUAUGUUUGGGGGGGAAAAAGUGAACUUUCCCUCUGUAAAACGGUGUAGAUGACGAGUUUAAUUUUAGCUUAAUUUAGUGUGGUCCCUUUUGAAACUUUAUUUGGAAAAUUUGUAUGGAAGGAUGUGAAAAGUUAAGGAACAUUUAUAUCUGCUCUCUUUACAUGUGACAUCUUGUUUUCAGAGCCAAAAGUGAAAUGAAGGCUUUUUUUUUUUUAUUUUGACUUAAUUUCAUAAUAAAGAGAUUGGUAUCAUUGAA